CUUGUUUGCCACACCAAGGCCCCCCGUUGUCGUAGAAACACAGUGUGACGCCACAACCAGAGGCUGCGAUUUCCCACCAUGCCGAGCGGCGGCAGGACCCUGGACGAAUUUGCCGUGCCCGAGGAGGCGCAGGAGAUGAUGACGGUUCACCGUCCACGGAUUGAGCAGCUCUUCAGGGUGGAGCUGAACGUCCUGGGGGUGCUGGAGUUGGCCCAGAAUCCCAGCGGGGAGCCCCGGGGGGAGAGGAAGAUCUGGCUGCAGCUGCAGGGAUGUCGGGAGAACCUGCAGAGGGCGAAGGAAUACAUCAAAGGCCUCUGUGCCCCGGAACUGAAUGAGGAGGUUUGGUACCCUAAAGACAUGCAGUGCAUCUUUCUAGGGGCCCAAGGAUUGUUCUUGAACUGCCUCACCCAAGGGACGUCCGCAGACCUCACUCUUCUCCGCCCUGGCUCGCUUUUGGUCUCGGGCUUGGCCGAAGCCUUUGUCAUGGCCCAGAGUCGAAUCCAGGAUUUUGUGGAGAAAUACGAGAAGAACCCCAAGCUGGAUGAGGAGCGGGAGGCCCAGGUCAAGAGAGCCUUCCAGGAACUGGUGGAGGCGUACGAUGAUAAAUAUGCUAUGGACCUCUUGAUCCUUCCCACCGCACUGAAGGAGGAGUUGCUCAACUUGGUGAAGGAGAUUCAGGAAGAAGAGAGGGAGCAGAGGAACGGGUGUUGGUCACCACCAGGAUUUAGGCAACAGUGGGAAACUGAAACAAGGGAUGGCAGUAGGCCUCCGGCUCCAGCUAGGCCUCAGAAUAUCUCUGGCGUGUCUGUGGGGCACAGUACAGUUCGAGGUCAAAGUAGGCUUGGAGACUCUGGCUUUGACUUCCAUGAAGGCUUUGCUAGGCCUCAGCAAUCUCUUCACAAGCCUCAAGGUUCUCCUCAGCUACAGUACUCCACAAGGCCUGGAGCUGACUUACCUUCCACGGUUGGUAGGCCUCAGGAGCAGAAUUUGUCUCGGACCUCAAAGGUUGACUCUCCCAAAGGUUGCUCUGAGGCUAGGCCGCGAGACUAUUUGGCAGGCUUGAACGGUCUACAGGGCUGGUCUGAUGAGACAACCUCCCCGAGAAGAACACUUCCCAAGAGUUCCCCCCAGCCCAUUCCAGUUGCUCCUCAUAAGUCUCAGAUUUUUUCUGGUUACUCAGGUCUUGCAGAGACUUUGGAGGGUCACUUCGAGGAAGGGAACCGUACUUUUCACGCAAGGGAAGCCAGCCCCGUGAGUUUGCCCGAAGAAAGCAGUGAGGAGGAGUUGUCCUCUUCUUCAUCAGACACCUUGCUGUCAUCAGGGAUGGAGAAGGAGUUCAAAAUGAGACUCAACUUCUUUAAAACCAUGGGCUACGAGGAGCAGUUAGUCAAAAAGGUGCUCUUGGAGGGUGGGGUGCGGGAGACGCCUUCAACUAUCCUGGAUAGGGUCCAGAUGGAGGAGGCAGGCUUGUCCAAGAAAGACGAUGCCGGCCUCCUUCGACAGGAGCCUGGGGACACAGAGCGCUCUUCCCCUCCGCCGGAGAAGGUCCAGGACAAAGACGAAUACCUCUUGGAAGUCAUCAAAGCGGCGGUCGCUAACUGCGGCCACUCGCCCAGCAAGAUCCCCACGGGAAUACAGACGGGUGCCCCGUUGGCAGACCUGCUGAGGCAACUUAAUGAAAAAGGCGAAUGUCGAGACGAGGCUGAGGGGGCCAUCGGGGCGUCUACAACAAAGGUGGAACGUGGAGGUAUCCGUAAGGCGGCCCUCGCGAAUCAUGAAGAACCGUCGCAGCAGAGGCGCCAUCAGGAGACGGGGAAGAACCGCGUGUCCCCUUUCUGUGAGGAUGUCCGCACCCCACCCAUAGAAGCAGGUGUUCCUGCUUCCUCUCCGGACAGGCCCCCCAACGCUAACCCCCUUCUCUCCACGUGGGGGUCUGAGGAGAGCCAUUCAGCGGAAAGCUCUAGUCUAGGGCCCCUCGUCCCUGGUUCUGUUUCUACGGUGACUGGAGCCCAGCGCUUCGAAGAGGCGCUCAAGACUCAGUUCAAGCUCCUGUUGGCCAACACACCAGGGGAGAACAACCUACGGAGGGUCAUUAUUGACGGCAGCAACGUGGCCAUGAUGCAUGGCUUGAACCAGUUCUUCUCGUGCCGAGGCAUCGCUCUGGCGGUGCAGCAUUUCUGGGACCGCGGUCACCGGGAAGUGACUGUUUUUGUUCCCGCGUAUCGGUUGGAACCGGAUUCUAGUGUGAGAGAGCAACACUUCCUGUUCGAGUUGCGCGACCUGAGCAUCCUCUCCGUCACGCCUUCGCGCAGAGUAGACGGGAAGAGCAUCAUGCCGUAUGACGACAGGCUUAUGCUCAAAUUGGCCGAAGAAACCAACGGGGUUAUCGUCACCAACGACCAAUUCCGUGAUCUUGCGAAGGAAUCAAAAAAAUGGAUCCGAAUAAUCAAGGAGAGGGUGCUGCAGUACACUUUUGUGGAGAACAUUUUCAUGGUUCCUGAUGACCCGUUGGGACGAGGUGGACCCACCUUAAAGGAGUUCCUGAAGAAAACCCCCAGGACCAAGUCUGCCAAAUGCCACACCUUUGCCGGCCGGGCGACUCAGGCGCCAGUACCUGUUCAUCCUACUUCGCAGACCGAGGUCCUUCGCUUCCGAGACAGAUGGCCGACGAGCGGUCCGGCCGGGGAUCAACAGAGGAGGCUUCAGGAAAACAGAGCUGACCAAGAGAAGGAGACAAUUCGGUCUGGAGCAGAGACGGACCGGCUCAGGAGAGAACUUCUGGAGAUCUUUGUAGAUCAGGACAAGAAAAUUGAUUUUGUUCUGCAUCGGAAUCCUUGCAGCUGCGAUCUCAACACGCUUUCUGAUGCAGUUCUUAGCCUUGGUUUCUGAGCCACUGAACUUGUUUUAACCCCCCCCCCCUUUACUGAACUUGUUUUAACCCCCCCCCUUUUUUUUUACACAAAGGGGUGCAUUAAUGGAAUUCUUUCCUGGAUGGACUUGAACCUCAGAUCUCUGGUGCCAAAAAGGUCUCACCGUGUACUGGCGUGACAAAGGGCCCGGGAGAAAUUCUGCUCUGCAAAAUUAAUUUCUCCUGCUGAUGUGAACAUCCCUUGGCCUUCCCCAUCGGAAGUCUGGACCAAAGAGCUCCAACCCACCCUGAAACUUGCCAGUCGUAAAAGCGCUCCUCUUAAUUUUGACCAAAUGGAGCUGCUUUCUGGCACUCAGUCCCAAGCAUGUGGACCUUGCAGUGGAAAGUCAGGGUUAAGCUACCGUGUUGCCGUAUGUCCAGUAAACGGCCAGCCAAAGGUGUGUGAGAGAGCAAUACUCCCACAGUACCCUCUCCCUUUCUCAGGGCGUCCCUCCAAAUUGUGAAAUGAAAACUGACUUCCAUUUCACAGCUGUCAUUUCCCAGGGAAUUCUGGAAACUGCUCUGCAGGAAGGUUUUCUAACCGCAUUCUCAAGCUAGAGGCCACGACAGAUACAUCGAUUCUAGACCAGUUCCAAGAAUGGGAGGAGUUGUAGCUUCUUCAGCAGGUCAAAGUAAAGACUGUUUUUGGAUGUUUUCAGCCUUCAUUCUCCAGAUUCAGGAAAAAGGCUCCCUGUGGUAGAAAAGUAAGGAAAUUGGAAAGCAACAUUUUGGAUAACGCUUCUUUGGUUAUCCCCUCUCCAAACUUUUGAGAAUGCUAAUCUGCCAAUGCUCUUCAUUUUUCUAUAUUUUUUAAAAAAACGGCUUCUUCAUCGUUCAACACGCAUUCCAGUUUUUAAGGUUUUAUUUUUGUUCCUGUUUUAUGAAUUUUUUUUAAAACCCCUUCCAAAUUGCAGAGCAUUUUUACCCCCCUAAAAAACCCCACGCCAAAUUAUUAUUUUUUUAAGAAAAAUUCCCCUCCCAAACUAUAUUGAAAGGAAUAUUUUAUAUUCUCUUUGAACAAAAAAAUGCUCACUUUUUUUCCCCUUUCGCUUUUAAUAAUUUAAAAAUGGAACUGAUUUCAAGGGUUCGUAAUAAAUCUGUGUGUUUACUGAC